UUUUUUUAGUAAUGAAAUUAAAACACGAUCGAACGAACGAGAGAGGGAUUAACCCCAAACAAAUACAAACCUAGCCACUUUCAAAAUGUCGAAACGCAACGCAGCGCCGUCGCAACCACCGCCUAGACCGCUAGUAAAACAACAUUCGUGGUCACCGGAUGCCGAUCGAGAAGAAGCUUGGCUUCGGAAGAAGGGGAAGAAACCAUCUGGCCGACUUGGUCGGAGUAAAAGUGUGACGGACGAAGAUCUAGAAGAGCUCAAGGGAUGCAUCGAGCUUGGAUUCGGAUUCGAGCCGGAUUCGCCUGAUUUAGAUCCAAGACUCUCGGAAACUCUUCCAGCUCUUGGCUUAUACUGUGCCGUUAAUAAACAGUAUAGUAGCAGAUUGUCACGGACUUCGUCUCUUUCGUCGAUCGCAUCGGAAGGUGAAAACAGCAAUUCGAGCACGACGAUCGUCGAUCAAGGUGAUGAUCCGGAGACGAUGAAGCUGAGGUUGAAGCAAUGGGCUCAGGUGGUUGCUUGUUCGGUGAGGCAAUUCUCCGGCGAACCAAAUUGAUAUUUGAAUAAUGAUUAAGGAUAAUAAUCCUUUUAUUUUUUAUAAUUACCUCUUGAGAAAUUAUUGUUUGUUUGUUCUGAUGUCAUGUACAGAGGAAUGACAGUUUUGUAAAAUAGAUGCGAUUUUAGAAAAUUCAAAUUUAGAAUCUAAUUAAUGGUUAACCAUAAUUAUAAUUUCAUUCUUCUUCAAUGUGAUUUUCAAUAAUUGUUCUUUGUUUGCUUUAAUUUUGUGAUUGUGUUUGUGUGUGUGUGUGUUUGUAUUGUUUAUAUGGUGGUUCUAUGGAUUAUUGGGAAUUGGUCGAAAGAAUUGUAUUUUUUU